UUUCAUGUAGUAGAUGAGUGGAACACGCUAAUCUGUGUAAAUUGAAUAUGCGGUGAAAAAAUUCGAUUAUUUUAAUAAAAAUCUAAUGGCUGCUAUUGUAAAUUAAGUAAUUAAUUAGUUUUAAUACAUACAUACUAUAACAUGGUGCGAGAGUGUAAGUGCUUCGUGAAUGUGCUCUGCCCUAGGAUUGUUUGUUUGUGUUCAUUGCCUACGGUCGCGUCUCGUCGGGCCCGUCAGUCGUCUUCGCGUUGUGUCAGUCGCAGUCGGUCGGCUCGAGCUCACCUUGAGUAUCGCACUCGUCUCGCAUUUUAUUUUCGACUUUGUUUAAUGGCAUAAUAUCUACGUGUGGUAUCAACAAAACAAUGCUAUUGGACUGUAUCGCUGUCAGAUAAUCGAAUAAUGAUAAGAACAAUGUGAAAUCAAUGUUACAAUGAAUUUAUGUACUUUCGUAUUAGAAGAAAGACAGUAGACAGAAUCCGUGAGUGUUGGGUCGGGUAUAUAUUUGUAAAAAUGAGACAUGCAUUCGGUCGAAAUGCAAAAAAGUGUAUCAGUGCAAGUAGAUAGUGAUUUCGCUUUGUUACUGCCGAGCGGUGUCUACGAAAUUAAAAAAAUGGAGCCAAGAUCGAAGUUACGAAAAGUGAUACUGUUCUGUUUACUACUAUCACUGUUUGGUAUGGUGGCAUUUGGAUACUUCUGUCCCGAUCAGGUGUGCGCACUGACACCGCGGGAUCGGGUGUCCGAGUCGUUGGCCCUCUCGUACGCUGAAGCUCCUGGCAGGCCGCUCCCUGACGUCAUCGCUCAGCCGGGUCUCUCCUAUGACGAAGUCCUCCACGACGACUUCCGAUUCGACCUGAACGCCCACGACGUCAUGGUCUUCUUGCACAUACAGAAAACUGGCGGAACCUCUUUCGGGAAACACCUCGUCAUGGAUUUAGAUUUAAAGAGGCCAUGCAACUGUCAACGAGCGCGAAAACGGUGCCAUUGUUUUCGACCGCACAGCAACGAAAUAUGGCUGUUUUCGAGAUACUCUACCGGUUGGAAGUGUGGUCUACAUGCUGACUUCACGGAACUGACUGCGUGUGUGGGCGGGGAGCUGGACCGGCACGAGGGAUCCGCAGUGCAUCGCCGGUACUUCUACAUCACGCUGCUGCGGGAACCGGUGUCCAGGUACUUGUCGGAGUACAGGCACGUGAAACGCGGCGCCACGUGGAAGGGAUCGCGGCACUGGUGUCAAGGAAGAACUGCUACAGCUGCUGAAGUGCCAGCUUGUUACUCCGGAGACUCUUGGCGUGGUGUGACUCUGGAAGAGUUCAUGUCUUGUCCCUGGAACCUGGCAAACAAUCGGCAGACUCGUAUGUUGGCUGACCUGGCGCUGGUGGGCUGCUACAACGGAACCCUUAAGCACCGCACAGCAGAGACCGACAGAGUCCUCCUCGCGUCUGCUAAAAGAAAUCUUGCUGCAAUGGCGUAUUUUGGACUUACAGAAUAUCAGAAGAUAUCUCAGUACGUGUUCGAGGAGACGUUCAACCUGCUGUUCGCGGUGCCGUUCACACAACACAACGCGACGGUGUCGGGCGCCACCCUGGCCGCGCUGUCGCCUUCUCAAAUCGCACACAUCAAGCGACUUAACUCACUCGACCUCGAACUCUACGAGUUUGCCAAGAACCUCAUGUUUAAAAGAUUCGAAGCAUUGAAGAAACGAGACACGGACUUCGAGUACCGGUGGCGGCAUUUGGGGGAAGUGGCACGCAGCGGCGUCACCGAGUUCGACUGGGACAGCAAUUUGGAAGACGCCACGACCGAGAAGUCCAAAGGCAAGUAACUUGCCUCGCCCGCAGGUGGCGCCAGUGACGUCUCCACCCUAGUGCAUACACUAGUCAUAGAUAACCACACAAAUUGAAUAAAGAAUUUAUUUUUUAUUCACAGGUCUCGUUGUGACCUUGUAAAUACUAUUAGAACGCGUUAAGUACAUUUCUCAGAGCGAUCGUGAACGAAAUCAAUUUAAAUCGCGCUGUACAAAUAACUUUAUUUUAUUAAUCGUCGUGCAUUUAUAGUAAAAAUAUUCUAAAUUAGAAUUUUUAUUAAUUUUUAUCUUUGGCAAUGUUUUAUUUUUAUUUGUAAAAUGCGCUCUAAAUCCAUCCCUUAUAGAGUUAAAACUAUACAUAAUUACAUACAAUAUAUUAUAAAUAUAUCUGUAGUAGGAAUGUAAUGUUGUUCUAUAUUGUUGAAUGAAUGUUGACGUUUGAUAGAUACAGGGUAGGUAAUGCAUCUAGGUUGAACCCAACGAAGUGUAGCCUUUAGUGUAAUCGUUACUAGUAAUUUCCAGUGAAAAUUGUGACAGAGCUCCAACUUGGAAGUAUUCAUGCGGCCGGGAUUUAAAUAUAAUGAAUCAAUGUCGUCAGCAAUGGCUAUCCGAUCGUACUGGAAAUAGUUUGAAAGUAAAGUGAAAUAGAACGAGGGACAUUAAUUCUUCGAAGUAGGAGUUGUGAAAGGACUCCGAGGUAAGCGGUUAUGGCCGGGACGUGGACUGGCGAUGACGUCCGAAUUUAUUUCCCAACCAGCUUUUCUCAUUUAUCGAGAGAACAGGAUGCGGUCAAUUGCGAUUGUUUGUGAUUGAAUCGAAACGGGUGAUUGAUCGUGUCGGCUGUAUUGUGGGAGAAUCGAGAGCGGGACCGACCCCGGGGCCCGGCCGUUCUUACGAACGAGCAGCUAAUUGUGUUACUUAUCAAUUGAAUUAUGUCGUGUUCCUAUGUCGCUAACGAUACAUUUCAUUAUAUUGUCAUUAACACAAGUUAUUGUUGUUGCUGACAAAUUAAUUCUAGCAUUGUUCCUAAUUCAUAAAAUGCUUAUUUGUUUAGUAAAAGUAUGUAUAAAUCAUGUAUUUAUCAAUGGUUGUUAUUAAGGCAGCUUGUCCACUGUUCAGCCGUCCGUGUACCUCGGAGCCCAGCUUAUCAAUAGCACGUAUAAUAAGAAAACGAAUGAAAUUGCUCAGGAUACCUCAAAAGUGUGGAAUAAUUUAUACGAGUAGUUAUUUUCUGGUGUAAUUGCGCUAUUACUCACGGAUCGAACAAUAUUGUAGGCCGGAGUAGGUAUUCGCUGAACGCUCUCGAUAUGAAUGGCCCGGGACCGAGUAUCGAUAACAUCGGGGUAAUAUUUAAUUUUGCUUUCUGUUCACUAUCGAUAUCGUUAGUGUAGCAGCCCGGCCCGGUGAGCGGAACAAAGGGAAUAAGUCUAUUAAUACGUAAUGUACAGUCGACUUCAAAAGACAAAGGUACGAAAUUGUAUGCACCGCAAAUAUUAAUACAUUUGCCAUUCUCGAGGGUUGAUGGUGUCUCGAGUGCACUCAGUGCUCUAGUGGCUCUAUAUUUAGUACCGUUACUGUACCUAGCGAAUUGUAAAAGCAUUUGCAUAAGUGCAUUCAAUAGUCGAGUCCUUUUUCUAUUCUAUUCGUUUUGUAUGAAUCGGUAAACAAUCAAAAUUCUCAUUAAAUUUUUAACCAAAGAACAAAAAUGAGUGCUAUGUAUGUUUGUUCUCAUAUUGAGUUAAGUUUGAGGUUAAGUUUUAUGUUAGGGGUCUUUUUAUUUGGUUUAAGGUUUGAUUAAAAACAACAGAUAAUUGGAAAAAGUGAGUUAAAAAUGGUUUGUUUUUGAUUAAACUCAAGGCCAAUGGGACAAUUUACUCAUAAGUCCGAAGUACUGUGUAACUAUGCAGCUGUAAAUAUUACGAUUGUGUUCCAUGUGUUGUCUAUUAGUUAGUUACUUUAUGUAUAAUUUUAUUUACUAUUUUUAUAAUAACUAUCGUGAGACAUACUAAAUUAACUAAAAGUCACGGUUUACUCGCGUAAAUUAAUCGAGAAAAGCUCUACUAGUUUCGAGUCACUGAGGGACUCUCCAUUAAUUUACGUGAGUAAACCGCGAUUUUUAGUUAACGUUAUCUAUUCUUUGUAUACAGCUAAUAAGUACCUACGUGAUAAGUUCAGCUCUUUUUUAUUUUUAUAUUUAUUUUAGUUUCAUUUUGUUUUAUAUCUGUUUGAGUUCAGAUAACUAUUAUACCAAUUGGUAUGAUUGCGGGGUAUGAAAAUAAAAAAUCUCUUUAGUCCGUCAUUUAGGUAAUGAAAAAAUAUUAGACACGUAUUUUUUAUGUUGUAAAUAAAACGAUUUAAAGUCUAGGAGUGGGAGCAAAUACGCCCUUACUACGUGAAAACGUACCUAGCAGUAACGUCACGCGAUAUUUCAAAUUAAUAUUUCUUCGUAGUAUUUGUUUUCCUAAGAAAAUAAAAAAUACGUGUCUAAUGUUUUAAAAUAAUCUACAAGACGGACACUAAAAUAAAAAUUAGUCAUCUACCCUAUCAUUAUAAUCAAUUGCGUGAUUAUUUUUAUAUACGAACAAACAUCACCUAUGUCUAGUACCUCGAAGCUCUAUGGUUUUGACUUGUAUAAUUUAAUUGUAGCUCACUUUAGUUGUGAACAUUUCACUAGUAGAAUGUGUAAACAAUGAAUGUCUGUCGAAAACAAUUUUAGCACAAACAAUGCCAUUUUCAAUUCUCAUAGAGAAACAAAAGAAAUAAAGGCUUACUACUAUUUUACACGAAGCCGAUGUACCUACUGUAUUGAAAUCGAAAUAUAGCAUUCAAACAUGUAUAGCGAAAGUAAACUGCAACAAACAAGUCUAUACCGAACUGUUUGCAUUUAUUCUUAGUACGAGUGCAUUUCGUAUUCCUCCCCCAAUGCGCCAUUCUAAACUCUACGCCGACGCAACAAAGUUUAAAGUGAAGAUUCCACUUUGAAAGUGUAAGGGAAUUGUGUAUCAAAGCGAAUUUUGUUUUUUAAAGUAUUCCAAACUGUCGUACCGACUCACGACACACUUUACGAACAUUUUUUCCCCUAACGUCUGCUUGUAACUUGUCUGUUAUAUUCACGAAGUAAUUUACGGCGCCAUCUUUCUUUUUUAUAUUCCAUAUUUGCUGCAUUUAAGUACAAUUUUUAUUAUUUGCGAUGUAUAAAUCAAUGCACUUGAACCUUUUUUUUACCUGUUUAUUUCAGUUUACUAAUUUAAUUUAACUUUCAUUAUUUUGAAACGUGUACGUAUUUGUAAAUCUUAUUAAAAUGAAAUUGUAUAAAACGUUGUAUCCAGUUGAAAUGUUCCCUGUAUUUGCAAUGGUGCAGGCUGUAUGUAGUCGUGUAUAUAAUUUGUAAAGUGAAUAUGUUCUGAAGCCGGCUCCAAUUAACGUGGCGGAGUGUGAAUGCUCCGGCGCGAGCGAUUGAUACGCCGGCUCUUGACAAUAACGUUUAUAGGUCACUUCAAUUUAGUCCUUUAUACUGAAUUGUACGCAAGCAGUGUGCAUGGAGCUAUUUCUUUAUACGUAGAUAAAAAGACAUUUUACGAAUUACUUUGUAGCUGUACGCGCCGACACUCGAUCUGUCCAACUGUUAUGUAGAUCGAUGCGAACAAUAUCCGCGAGUAAUGCUUUGACAGAUCACGCUGUCGGCGACUGUACAAUUUUAUUUAUCUCAUUAACUUGAGAGCUAUCUCAAUAUCGAUGUUACUCUCAUAAUUAGUUUAUCGAAUUAGUAGUAAGUAUUGAUAAAGUAUGUAUAUUUUUCUGUGUGUAAAAAUAACGCUAAGCCCUGUGAUAUAAAAAAAAAUAUUGCACCCAAUGUUUUGCAGUAAUAUCCUUGUUUCAAAUUUAAAGGAAAGCGUUUUACUUUGGAAAUGCCUUGAUACUUUGUAUGCUUUACGAGUGUAUAUAGUAAAUUCUUAGUAAGUAUAUUGGUCUAAGUGACGUGGAUAACUUAUAAACGAUGGGUGCAUAAGCCAUAAGAUAAGUUAGCCAUAAUAAUGAUAAUAAUCCUGAUCACCACUACAUCAGGCUUAUUGGCUGCUAAUAGUUCUGGCGGUGAUGGUAGACCUGUCCUAGUACAAUAUCAUAUGAUUAAUGCUAACCGAUAUCGACAAUAAUGAUUGAAAACGUUACUGCUGUGCUCUCAGCCAAUUUUUGACAAUGGUACACUCCAUAUCUCUUUCUGCUACCUUCCCUAUGUAAACGCCGGGUCCUUGAGGACUAUGGCAGUCCAUUCUAAAGGUACGAUGCUCCAUCGAUCAGGUCUACCAUCAAUUAGCCAUGUAGUACAUGUGAACCCAUUGUGGUGUCAUGAUAAUAAACUAGAAUCCUUCAAGUUAUGUAUCGUAUGUACCAUAGCACACCACCGGUACACUUCGCGUUGUCUUGUACCAAAAUUUAGCGUUUAGUUGUUUUUUUAAGUUCCCGACUGAACCAAAAUAUAGUACUUUAUAUUGUGUUAACGAUCACCGAGUAAUAAAAACAAGAGAAACUA